CAUUUUGGUCAACACCCUGCUUACUGCGCACAACCAAUCCUAUUAGAACUCAGCAUCCUGGCUUAUCUGAGCAGAUCCUGGAAGUGAUUUCUGCAGCUCAGGAAUUUUUUAAAGCUAAAUUGAAAAUACAGGUUUAUUUUAUGGGAUUUUUCCCCUUUGCAUUUCAUUUUUCUGCACAAAGAAGGAGGAUUUUUUCUUUUCACUUGUUCAUGCAGAAGCCAGUUUUCUGAAGCCAGCUAAGGCAGCAUCGGCUGUGCAGGAUUUAAAGCUUCUAGUUCCGCUGAAUAAGGGUAGGAAAGGGACAAUAAAAGGAAAGGAAGCUGGGAGAAGACAAACAUCAUUUUUAUUUUGCUAUGUGGUAGGAACUGUGUAUGAGGAAAGAAAAUAUAGAACUGUUUAUCUUGAUCAGUUGCUUCUUAAGCCAAAAGAGAAAUUUUUUGGCUUUAUUCGUGGUGGUUGUUUUAUACAAACCUCUCCCAACCCUAACGCUUUGUUUCAGAGCUUUGGGCUUGAAAUUUUUUUAGUGAGGUUUUCUUUCUUUCUGUGGGGGGAAGUGUGGUGUGUGUUUGUGUAUAGUGUGUAGCUUGUGUGUGUUGUGGUCCCAGCUGAGUCAUCAUGUCUGCUCUGACGCCUCCGACCGAUAUGCCAACUCCCACCACUGACAAGAUCACACAGGCUGCCAUGGAGACCAUCUACCUUUGCAAAUUCCGAGUGUCCAUGGAUGGAGAAUGGCUCUGCCUUCGAGAACUGGAUGACAUCUCACUUACACCUGACCCAGAACCUACCCAUGAAGAUCCCAAUUAUCUCAUGGCUAACGAACGCAUGAACCUAAUGAACAUGGCCAAGCUGAGUAUCAAAGGCUUAAUUGAAUCAGCUCUCAACCUGGGGCGGACUCUGGACUCUGACUAUGCUCCUCUCCAGCAAUUCUUUGUGGUGAUGGAACACUGCUUGAAACAUGGCUUGAAAGGCAAGAAAACAUUUCUUGGACAAAAUAAAUCCUUCUGGGGACCUCUAGAACUAGUAGAAAAGCUUGUUCCAGAAGCUGCAGAAAUAACAGCAAGUGUUAAAGAUCUUCCAGGACUUAAGACACCAGUAGGCAGAGGAAGAGCCUGGCUUCGUUUGGCAUUAAUGCAAAAGAAACUCUCAGAAUAUAUGAAAGCUUUGAUCAAUAAGAAGGAGCUCCUCAGUGAAUUUUAUGAACCUAAUGCCCUCAUGAUGGAAGAAGAAGGAGCCAUAAUUGCUGGUCUGUUGGUAGGACUAAAUGUCAUUGAUGCCAACUUCUGUAUGAAAGGAGAAGAUUUGGACUCUCAGGUUGGAGUUAUAGAUUUUUCGAUGUAUCUCAAGGAUGGGAACAGCAGUAAAGGUAGUGAAGGAGAUGGUCAAAUCACUGCAAUACUAGACCAAAAGAACUAUGUAGAAGAGCUCAACAGACAUCUGAAUGCUACUGUAAACAACCUUCAGGCAAAAGUGGAUGCAUUAGAAAAAUCUAACACAAAACUGACAGAGGAGCUUGCAGUUGCAAACAACAGGAUUAUUACCUUGCAAGAGGAGAUGGAACGAGUUAAAGAGGAAAGCUCCUAUAUACUGGAAUCCAAUCGAAAGGGUCCAAAGCAAGAUAAAACUUCAGAAGGGCAAGCACUGAGUGAAGCAAGAAAGCAUCUAAAGGAAGAGACACAAUUACGACUGGAUGUUGAAAAAGAGCUGGAGAUACAGAUCGGGAUGAGACAGGAGAUGGAAUUGGCCAUGAAGAUGCUGGAGAAGGAUGUCUGUGAGAAGCAAGAUGCCCUGGUGUCUCUACGGCAGCAGCUAGAUGAUCUCAGGGCUCUCAAGCAUGAACUUGCCUUUAAGUUGCAGAGUUCAGACUUAGGAGCAAAACAGAAAAGUGAACUAAACAGUCGCUUGGAAGAGAAAACUAAUCAAAUGGCUGCUACAAUUAAACAACUGGAACAAAGUGAAAAGGAUUUGGUGAAACAGGCAAAAACCUUAAAUAGUGCAGCAAAUAAACUGAUCCCAAAACAUCAUUAAGCAUUUUGUAGUUGGUAAUCUUGCAAGUCUCCUAGCACAGCUUAAUUGUUAAAGGAAGGAAUCUGAAAGUUACUAGGUUUAAACUCUGGUUCUAUAUAACAUGCCACCAAAAAUUGACUUGGAAUUUCCUGGACUU